AUGUACACCGCCACCAUCACUGCCGCAACUGAAGCCGCCACCGCACAACUGGAGAGUGUGACAUCACUAGUUCUAGAUGUCUGCGUCACUGCGCCUAUAAUAGUGCUCCCAAUGAGUCUCUCGACCAAUGAAAUCAUUGUAGCGAACCUCGGAGUACUCACGGUGUCCAAUCAGAACCAAGCAUCCAGAGAGCUAAUGCAGCAGAAGAGUGGGCUGAGAGGGGAGAGUGACGUAUACACUAUUGGUUUGCAGGAUAUGAGUCUGUUCACCAGCGAUAUCACUAACCUGGAACAG